AUGGCUGUGAAGAAGCAGAAAAAGUCAACAGAAAAUAUCAAUGCAAGACUUGCAAUGGUAAUGAAAAGUGGAAAGUACUGUUUAGGAUAUAAGCAAACACUAAAAACAUUGCGGGCUGGUAAAGCCAAAUUGGUUAUUAUCGCUAAUAAUACCCCACCUCUCAGGAAAAGUGAAAUUGAAUAUUACGCGAUGUUAGCGAAGACAGGUGUUCAUCAUUACAACGGUAACAAUAUUGAAUUGGGCACGGCAUGUGGGAAAUUGUUUCGCGUUUGCACAUUAUCAAUUACGGAUGCUGGAGAUUCAGAUAUUAUUCGAAGUAUGCCAUCUGAAAAUGCAUAA